GGCACUGCUGGUCACCAUGCAUUCAGCUGUCCUGGCCACUCUCUUCUUGUUGAGCUGGACUCACUGUUGGUCCCUGCCUCUUCCCAGUGGUGAAGAUGAUGAUGACUUGUCUGAGGAAGACCUUGAGUUUGCAGAGCACUACCUGAAGUCAUACUAUCACCCGGAGACUCUCGCGGGCAUCCUGAAAAAGUCUGCGGUGACCUCCACAGUUGAUCGGCUCCGAGAGAUGCAGUCUUUCUUUGGCCUGGAGAUGACUGGCAAACUUGAUGACCCCACCUUAGACAUCAUGAAAAAACCAAGAUGUGGAGUCCCUGAUGUGGGUGGAUACAGUGUUUUCCCUCGAACGCUCAAAUGGUCCCACACCAACUUAACCUACAGAAUUGUGAACUACACCCCCGAUAUGCCCCACUCUGAAGUGGAGAAGGCCUUCAAAAAGGCCUUCAAAGUCUGGUCUGAUGUCACGCCUCUGACUUUCACCAGAAUCCAGGAUGGCACUGCUGAUAUCAUGAUAUCUUUUGGAACUAAAGAACAUGGUGACUUAUACCCAUUUGAUGGACCUUCUGGUCUUCUGGCACACGCCUUUCCUCCUGGACCAAAUUAUGGAGGGGAUGCCCAUUUUGAUGAUGAUGAAACCUGGACAAGCAGUUCCAAAGGUUACAACUUGUUUAUUGUUGCUGCCCAUGAGCUUGGCCACUCCCUAGGUCUGGACCACUCCAAGGACCCAGGAGCCUUGAUGUUUCCCAUCUAUACCUACACUGGCAAAGGCCAUUUCAUGCUUCCCGAUGAUGACGUGCAAGGAAUCCAGUUUCUCUAUGGUCCAGGAGACGAAGACCCCAACCCUAAACAUCCCAAAACACCAGAGAAGUGUGACCCGGCCUUAUCCCUUGAUGCCAUUACCAGUCUCCGAGGAGAAACCAUAAUCUUUAAAGACAGAUUCUUCUGGCGCCUGCAUCCUCAGCAAGUCGAGGCAGAGCUGUUUUUGACAAAGUCAUUUUGGCCAGAACUUCCCAACCAUGUGGACGCUGCGUAUGAACACCCAUCCCGUGACCUUAUGUUCAUCUUUAGAGGCAGAAAAUUCUGGGCUCUCAAUGGUUACGACAUUCUGGAAGGUUAUCCCAAAAAAAUAUCUGAACUGGGAUUUCCAAAAGAGGUGAAGAGGAUAAGUGCUGCCGUGCACUUGGAGGACAUGGGCAAGACCCUCUUCUUCUCGGGGAACCAGGUGUGGAGAUAUGAUGAUGCGAACCAGACUAUGGACAAAAACUCUUCCCAAUUCAUAGAGGAAGAAUUCCCCGGAGUUGGUGAUAAAGUAGACGCUGUCUAUGAGAAAAAUGGCUAUAUCUACUUUUUCAACGGGCCCAUACAGUUUGAAUACAGUAUCUGGAGCAAUCGCGUUGUGCGAGUCAUGCCAACAAAUUCUUUGUUGUGGUGUUAAGCAUCUUUUCAGAGUUGUUAUCUAACUCCUGGAGAGCAUCUGGGAUAACAAUUUCAGUCGUGGUGGGUGGGGUGGGCAUUGCCGGGAAACUUUGUUCUGGGAACAGGCUUCGGGAAGCUCUAUAUGACUGUUUGUGGCUGGAACCACAUUGAAGAAUUUUAAAGUAAUGAAAUUGAGAACCCCAAGGGCUGACUGAGUCUUGGGUGCAGUGAAGAAACAAGAUUGAUAUUUUCCACAGCAAACAUGGGAUCCACUGCUGAUGAGAGUGAACAUAAUUAUUAAUAUAUUUAUAAAGAAUCCUAAAAGGCAUAAAAUAAAUCGUAUUUAUAUAACAAACAUGGAAAUUUGGGGAGUGUAUGGCAGCCACUGAUGGACGUAGAUAGAGGGAAAUGCCUGCAAAAUACAGAUUAGCAGACAACUUUCCAAAGGAGUGAUUUAGGCUUUGCACUGUGAGUACUCAGAUUUAAACCCAUUUCAUAAAACACUAAGCAAAGAUCAAAGUCACCGAAGGAAGGGGAUAAUGGCCGCCAUGAGGACAGUAUAGGUGGCUUUGCAUUAAACUUAUUUCAUUUUGGGUCACCUCUCAAGGAUUGAUGGAGGGCAGAGGGAGAAACAGAGGAGUUCUCUUUUUGUUAAAGUGUUUCAGGUCUUUAACAGGCCAUAGAGUAAAAAAAUGAAAGUUGUUAUAAAAUACCUAAGCAAUAGCAUAACUUUUUCAUAAACUGAUUACUUGAGAAUAAUAAUAGGUUUCAACCCUAUUUAUCUACCUAAUUGUUUUAAUUACCCAGUUCUGAUACAUAGACCCUUUUCUAGUGACUUACAUGACAGGAACUAAGGCAGUGACAGUGAGAACAAGUAGGUCUGCGGGGACACAGCCAGCCAGAAUAAAGCUGCACAGUGACCCCUUGAGCUCUGCCUUUGUUUGUUAAUUGCUUAUCUUAGUGUCUGACACUUGGCACUUACUGAUAUGUGGUAGCUACCAAGAGAGCAACUAUUGUACAGAGAGAUGGUGUUUGUUACACUGGGAAAAUGGAAAAGAAGUGUGUAUUUGCACAACGUGUUAGACUGUGUUGAUGUUUCUAAUAAAACAUGUCUUCAGCAGA